UGUAACACACGCCUCUUCCCAAGCUCCUCCUACUAGUUCUCCAUUUUGUACUGCAGUCCCGUUGCAGCUGCGUCAUUCGGCGAGAGGUUUGCAGAGGAGUAAGAGGUUAUUUUAAAUCCCUGGAACGAUGAGUGGCUGCAGAGUAUUUAUUGGCAGGCUUAACCCAGCUGCCAGGGAGAAAGACGUAGAGCGAUUCUUCAAGGGCUAUGGACGUAUACGAGAUAUUGACUUGAAAAGAGGUUUUGGAUUUGUGGAGUUUGAUGAUCCCAGAGAUGCAGAUGAUGCAGUUUAUGAGCUUGAUGGCAAAGAGCUGUGUAAUGAGAGAGUUACAAUUGAACACGCUCGUCUUCGUUCUCGAGGUGGUCCAAGGGGUCUUGGCAGGGGAAGAUACAACGACCGUUUCAGUAGUCGUCGACCACGAGGCGAUAGAAGUGCUCCACCCAUAAGGACUGAGAACCGGCUUAUAGUAGAAAAUCUGUCGUCAAGAGUCAGCUGGCAGGAUUUGAAAGAUUUCAUGAGACAAGCCGGAGAAGUUACAUUUGCAGAUGCGCACAGACCAAAGCUUAAUGAAGGGGUUGUUGAAUUUGCAUCUUACAGUGAUUUAAAAAAUGCCAUUGAGAAGCUUUCUGGGAAGGAGAUAAAUGGCAGAAAAAUAAAACUGAUUGAAGGGAAUAAAAGACACAGCCGAUCAAGGAGCAGAUCACGCUCCCGCAGCAGAAGUUCAUCCAGGUCCCGAAGCCGCUCCCGCUCCAGAAGCCGAAAGUCUUACAGCCGGUCUCGUAGCCGCAGCCGCACUCCCCGCAGCAACCGUAGCAAAUCCAGGUCUGUGAGUAGGUCACCUGUUCCAGAGAAAAGCCAGAAAUCAAGAAGCCCAUCAAAAUCACCUGCAUCAGUCGAUAGACAGAAAUCUCGAUCCAGAUCUCGGUCUGCUGAUAGCCGAAACUGAACUUAAAUCCCAGACCCUGCUUUCCCUUUUCAAAAGACAUACUUGCUCACUCCUGUGUAAGUAUUUGUCAUGGAUUAAUAUGCAGGAUGGUAUCUUAAAUUUUUUUUUUAAUUAAGCGUUCUCACCAAUCCUGUUGUGGACCACCAACAAACUGAAGCUGCUGGGACAGUUUUGAUACACUUCCUGCUUUAGUCCAAAUUGUAUAGUUUGUGUAAUAAAAGCUAAUUUGUGCUUAGGAUCCUAUUUGUAAGAGCAAUUCAAGAUCGGGUGUGUAAAUUGUUGGCUGUAUAUAGGCAUUGUUUUUGUGUAACUCUUCCCCUCCCCCCCUCACUUUACUCCCCAUUCCUUAAUGUUCUGAGCUGUGAAAAUGUUACCAAUAAAACAAAUUUAAACUGAA